CACAAACUUUGCUACACCCAACAGACACAUCCCAUACAACAUUUAACCAGUUACCCUCCUCACCACCACCAUAACAAUGACUACCGGUGACAAACAAACGGUGGCGAUCAUCGUCGGCGCCGGCCCAGCAGGCCUUUCGACCGCCGCAAGCCUCCACAAACUCUCAAUCCCAUACAUAAUCCUCGAACGAGAAGACUGCAUUGCUUCACUAUUCAACAAAAAAGCUUAUGAUCGCCUUCAUCUCCAUUUAGCCAAACAGUUCACCCACCUUCCUCAUUUCCCUAUUCCGGCAACCUUUCCGACGUAUAUAUCGCGGUCCGAUUUCUUGAAAUACUUGGACCAAUAUGCAGCCCAUUUUAACAUUACUCCGGAGUUUAGAAACAAUGUGAAGUUUGCUAAAUAUGAUGAGGAUAUGAAGAAAUGGAAGGUGGAGGCUGCGGUGGAGGAUGGCGGUGUUCGGUGUUACGUGGGGCGGUUUUUGGUGGUGGCUACUGGAGAAAACUGUGAUGCGUUUGUGCCGGAGGUUGAUGGGUUGAGUGAGUUUGAAGGUGAAGUUAUUCAUUCGACGGAGUAUAAAUCCGGUAAGGAGUAUGAGAAGAAGAAGGUUUUGGUGGUCGGAGCUGGAAAUUCCGGAAAUUCCGGUAUGGAAAUUGCAUUUGAUCUAGCAAACCAUGGUGCUAAAACCUCCAUUGUUGUUAGAAGUCCGGUCCAUAUAUUAUCAAGGUGGUCUACAAAUUUUGGAUUGGUGCUAUUGAAGUUAAUGCCAUUGCAUUUAGUGGAUUCAUUGUUAGUGCUUGUUAGCAAGGUAACAUAUGGAGAUCUAACCAUGUAUGGGAUCCAAAGGCCCAAAGAAGGCCCAAUUUUGAUCAAAAUAAGAGAUGCUAAGUACCCUGUUAUGGAUGUUGGUACAGUGAAAAAGAUCAAGUCUGGUGAAAUACAGGUGUUACCGGCGUUAAAAAGCAUUAAGCGCGGAGGAAAUGAGAUUGUUUUUGAGAAUGGAAAAUGUCAUCAAUUCGAUGCAAUUGUCUUUGCUACCGGCUUUAAAAGAUCAACCCAUUUAUGGCUUCAGAAUAGGUUCAAAUAUAAUGGAGGAAAUGAAGUUGUAUUUGAGGAUGGAAAAUGUCAUCAAUUUGAUGCAAUUGUCUUUGCUACCGGCUUUAAAAGAUUAAGUAAUCAUUUAUGGCUUCAGGGUGCUGAUAAUCUUUUGAACAAAGAUGGGUUUCCAAAGCAAAUGCAUCCAAAUCAUUGGAAAGGACAAAAUGGGAUUUAUUUUGUUGGGCUUGGAAAAAAAGGUUUGGUUGGAAUUAGCAGGGAUGCCCAAAGCACAGCUCAUCACAUUUUCAACUUAGUGUCAAAUAAAAUCCAGUUAAUUUAAAAAAUAAUAUGUUGUUAUGAAUUUAAUUUAUUGUAAUAAUAUAUGUACUUUUCCGUUUCAUUGUAAUCUAGAAUUUUAUUUCAAAUCUUGUAAUCGUUGACAUUUUGGAUCAAUAAAGUC